AUGAAAGUGCCAGCCACAUUUUCGCAAUUGUCGUCGUACAAAAUAACCGAUCACACCUUUGAUGCGGUCGUCGUCGGCGCCGGUGGUGCCGGCCUUCGUGCCGCAUUCGGCCUGGUGGAGAAGGGCUUCAACACGGCGGUGAUCACCAAGCUCUUUCCCACUCGAUCUCACACCGUAGCAGCUCAAGGUGGCAUCAACGCCGCCCUCGGCAACAUGGAGCCCGAUGACUGGCGAUGGCACAUGUACGACACCGUCAAAGGCUCCGACUGGCUGGGUGACCAGGAUGCCAUCCACUACAUGACACGAGAGGCCCCAAAGGCCAUCAUCGAGCUGGAGAACUACGGCAUGCCUUUCAGCCGCACGCCGGAGGGAAAGAUCUACCAGCGUGCUUUCGGCGGCCAGUCGUACAACUUCGGCAAGGGAGGUCAGGCGCAUCGGUGCUGUGCGGUGGCCGACCGAACUGGUCACUCGCUGCUGCACACACUGUACGGUCAGUCGCUUCGAUAUGACUGCAAGUACUUUGUCGAGUACUUUGCCCUUGAUCUUAUUAUGGAAGGAGGUGAGUGCGUCGGUGUCAUUGCCCUCAACCUCGAAGAUGGCACACUGCACCGCUUCCGCUCGAAGAACACUGUCCUCGCCACUGGGGGUUUUGGCCGAGCGUACUUCUCUUGCACCUCUGCCCAUACCUGCACCGGCGACGGUACCGCCAUGGUGAACCGCGCUGGACUGCCCUGCUCUGAUCUGGAAUUUGUGCAAUUUCACCCUACCGGCAUCUACGGCGCUGGCUGCUUAAUUACUGAAGGCUCUCGCGGUGAGGGCGGUUUCCUCGUCAACAGCGAGGGUGAGCGUUUCAUGGAGCGCUACGCACCGGUGGCAAAGGACCUGGCGUCCCGAGACGUCGUCUCGCGUGCCAUGACCAUUGAAAUCCGCGAGGGUCGCGGCGUUGGUCCUGAGAAGGAUCACGUCUUUCUACAGCUGCACCACCUACCUGCUGAACAGCUGGCCCUCCGCCUGCCGGGCAUCUCAGAGACGGCGAUGAUCUUUGCCGGUGUGGACGUGACGCAGGACCCGAUCCCCGUCCUGCCCACGGUGCACUACAACAUGGGCGGAGUGCCUACCAACUUCCGCGGUCAGGUGAUCACCAACAUCAACGGGAAGGACAAGGUGGUGCCCGGGCUGUACGCGGCCGGGGAGACUGCCUGCGCCUCGGUGCACGGCGCCAACCGCCUGGGCGCCAACUCCCUGCUCGACAUUGUCGUCUUUGGUCGUGCCUGCGCGAACACCAUCGCCGAGGAGAACGAGCCGGGUGAGUCGAUUCGCGAGCUGUCGGCGAAUGCCGGCGAGGCGUCCAUUGCCAAUCUGGACAAGCUUCGAUACUCAGACGGCUCCAUCUCCACGGCGGACCUCCGUCUGAAGAUGCAGAAGGACAUGCAGACGUACGCCGCCGUCUUCCGAACUGGCGAGCUGCUGGAGAAGGGCUGCAAGAAGCUGCAAGAGGACUUUAAUCUGCUGAAGGACCUCAAG